AUGGCCGGAGCGAUCGCGUACGAGGAGCAGCGCCGGAGGCAGAUAGAGGAGAACAAUCGCAAGCUGGAGGAGCUGCACCUGCACCAGCUCUCCGCAGCCGUCAGGGAGGCCGCCGGCCCCAAGCCCUCGCCGGUCCGGCAGUCCGUGAAGCAGAAGCGGGUGCCGCGGGUCGCCGCGGUCCGGCAGUCCGGCCGUGUUGCCAGCCUCCCCAAGCAGCCCAAGUACUGCUACGAGGAUGACUACCCAACCUUGGUAGAGAAGAAGAAGAUUAGGAGGAGGAACGUACCCCCAUCAUUCCUCUCCAUGCACCGCAGCAUUUGAUUUGAUUGAUGAUUGUUUUCAAGGAGGAGGGCGAGCAGCACGAGGAGUGACUUGAUUAAUCGAGUGUACGCCACAGACGAGGCCAGACUCCAUGCCAACUCCAAGGCCCAAGAGCUGCUGCGUAAGCUGGUGCCCGGCGGCAACCCCAGCUUUGUGAAGCCCAUGAAACAGUCUCAUGUCACUGGAGGCUUCUGGCUCGGCCUCCCGACGCAGUUCUGCCGGCUGUAUCUCCUAGAGAGUGAUCAUAGAAUCACUUUGGAGGACGAGGAGGGUGACGAGUAUGAAACGCUCUACCUCGCGCUUAAGACGGGCCUCAGCGCCGGAUGGAGAAAGUUCGCCUUGGAGCACAACCUGGUUGAUGGUGAUUGCUUGGUGUUCGAGUGGGUCGUGUGGAACAAGUUCUAUGUCUACAUUAUCAGACAAAGUUCCUACUACAAAUGA